GCCACACUGUAGACCUACUGGAAACUAUAGAGACACCUGAGUAUCGCCCCACUGGCUAAACUAUCCCGUCACAAUGCUGUCACGAACGUUGAUUGUUCCUUUGAUCUUUACUUUGGCUGGUCUUGCUCUCUCAGCCCCCAUUACUGAUGGAACAGAGGGAGACAAUGAUGGUGCCAAAGAUGGCGGAGGCCCCACUGGCAGCCCGGUAGUUGCAGCAGCAGCUGGAGACUCUGUAGGGACCACAGAUGGGACUGACUCUAGUAAAGAGCUGGCUGGAGAUGUGAGUAGCAGUGAUACAUCCACAGACACAAGCAAUGUAGAUACCAGCGUGGAAACCCCAGGCAGUCCUGAUGGCCCUGAUGCCCCAGCUGAAGCAGCGGGCAGCCAAGAUACAACUGAUGCAGCUGCAGAUGUGGAUAAGUCUCCAGAAGAUAACUCCACAGACUCUCCAGAAGAUAACUCCACAGAGUCUCCAGAAGAUAACUCCACAGAGUCUCCUGACAGUGACUCCACAGAGUCUCCUGACAGUGACUCCAAAGAGUCUCCUGAAAGUGACUCCACAGAGUCUCCUGAAAGUGACAACACAGAUGAAGCGCUGACAGACGUGCAAGCUGACUCUGACGUGACCAGUGAUGACACGGAGGAGGCCACGGAGACAGACAAAGAUGAUGACAAGAGUGACGACAAGAGUGACUCAGAGGAUGCAGAUGGGAAGGAUACUGCAGGCGAAGAAGAAAUGUUAGAUAAUGACUCUGCAGAUGCUGCCACAGACAAAGACGAUAGUGAUGAGGAUAAGGACAUUGAACUAGAUGGUAAGGCCCCUGCAGAAGAGAAGGACAGCGCAGAAGACACAGAGACAGAGGAAGCGGCGGAUAGCGACAGCAAACAAGACGACGCAGACUCAGACACUAAGGAUGACAAGCCAGACAAAGAUGACAAGAAAGACAGCACAGAUGACAGCAAAGACAGCGACAGCUCAGAUGACCACAAAGAGAGCAGCGAAGAAGAGGCCCGGAUUCCAGAGGAGGAACCAGAGCACCAGGAAAUAGAAGAAAAGGACAGCGAGAGCCAACAGGACACCUCAGAAGAAAACGACAAGCCAGACAAAGAAGAUGAGAAAGACAGCGACAGCUCAGACGACAGCAAAGACAGCAGCGAAGCGGAUGUCCAGUUCUCGGAGGAGGAACCAAAGCAGCAGGAAAUGGACAUGAAGGACAGAGGUGACGUGGGGGAACAGCAGGCCAGCCCUGAAGACAACAUCGAGGAGGGAAGCCCUGUAGGGAGCCAAGAAUUUGAGCCUCUACAGGAUUCGGAGGAGGAGGCGGAGCUGGAGUCAAAAAAGGAGGGGAAGCUGGAGGAGGCAGAGAAGGAGGAGCUGGAUGCGGAGAUGAACCUAGACACAACAGAGUCCGACAGUAAGGAGGACAGUAAGGAGGACAGUAAGGAUGACAGUAAGGAGGACAGUAAGGAUGACAGUAAGGAUGACAGUAAGGAUGACAGUAAGGAUGACAGUAAGGAUGACAGUAAGGAGGACAGUAAGGAGGACAGUAAGGAUGACAGUAAGGAUGACAGUAAGGAUGACAGUAAGGAGGACAGUAAGGAGGACAGUAAGGAGGACAGUAAGAAUGAGAUUAAGGAUGAGAGUGAGGAUAAGACUGAGGCUGACGCAGACUCCAACAGCAAGGAGGACAUUGGGACCAGCGAUGCCCCUCAACCACAAGAAGAUGACAGUGAAGAGGACACUGAAGUCCAGCCAGAGGACACUGAUGAUAGCAUGAUGAAGGAGCCCAAAGAUUCUGAUGAUGCUGACAAAGAUGAUAUGGACAAGGAUGCCUCUGACUCGGAGGAUGACAAAUCUGAAUCUGAUGCAGAGCCAGGUGCAGAUUCACACAAAGAUGAGGUUGAGACCGACGAGGAUUCCGAUGAUGCGUCAGAGUCCAUGGCGAAAGAUGACGAUAUGGAUGAUGAUGAUGACAUGGAUGGGGCAGAAACAAUGGCUCCAGAUUCAGAAGCUGUUCCAGCUGACAUUCUGGACCAACCAGACCAACAGGAUUACAUGACACAGGGUGACUCUCACGGCGCUGAUGCACCGGCCGCCCAGUCUUAGCCCUGUAGCUGGAGCCCACAGGACGCUGUGAAUGGAAUCAGACAGUUUGAUAGUCCCAUCAUGGUGAAUCCCACAUAAACCAACACGUCCUCCCGCAGUCAUGACAACAAACAGCGUAAAAAAACUUACGUUCCUUAAGUUCCUUAACCCUCUCUUGCCACUCAAAAUGGUGAAGGUGUCUACGGGGAUACAAUUAAAUUAUUCUACUGUUUUGGUGUACAUUACAUUUUUACUCACUUUUUGACUGCAUUGUUGUUUUUUGGCAUCUCAAGGGUAGUUUAAUAUUUGAUCAUGGAGAAUAUAUAUUUUUUCAACUUUGUUUUUGUUAAAGACAGUUUAUUUAAGUUGUGACAUCAUCAUUAUAUAAGUUACACCCCUGUCUAAUCAACUAGCGUGUUGAUAAAAUGGUCACCAUGUUCCCUUACAAUGCCCUUGAAAAAAACAGAAGUCUGUUUUUUUUAAGAUAGCACUCAAUCAUUGUAGGUUUGCUAGGUUUCUGCAGGUUGUGGGUUACUACAGUUUUCCUCUUGCUUUCAUGUGAUGCAUUGCUGUCUCAGUCCUUGACAGAAAGCUCAAUUGGCACUUUUUCCUUAACCGAUAAAAAUAACUCUACUGGCUCAGUUCAACAUUCAUUUUAAAGUUAUGAGAAACAUAAGGUCCUUUAUACAAAAUGAAGUGUACAUACAAUGUCUUUGAUCAGAUAUAAUCUACAUUGGUUGGACAAAUGGUAAAAUAACAAUUGCAUAGACAUAAUGAGAAUUUAAUUUCAUAACUGUAUGCACACAGGGGGGAUAUCUAAUAAAGAUUGAGUUGUCA